AUGUCCUACGAUCGCUUGAAUUCAUUAGAAGCGCAGCCGACAACCUGGCGGCGGGAUGACGAUCCUCAGUAUCAGGAUGACCCCGAGUUUGCGCGGUUUACCGAGAACCUAUCGAACCAGUUAUUUACAUUGACAUCGAAUAUUUCGAAUUUAUCGAGGCAGAUUGCGCUUUUAGGCACAAAGCGGGACACCGAGAGAGUGCGAGAGAGAGUUCAUAACCUUCUCGAAGAGACAAGGUCGGGAUUCAAGGAUGCAGGCGAGGCCAUUAAGAAGGUGCAGACGUGGGAGGAUGUUAAUCCGUCCCAAAAAUGGACACAACAAAAACUCUCCUCCGAAUUCAAGGCAGCCCUAGACGAAUUCCAAACCGUCCAACGCCGCGCACUCGAGAAACAACGAGCCUCCGCCGUCGCUACACGAACUGCCCUACACGGAGACUCAGAUCAACAAGCCACCGGCGACCUCGUCGAGGGACAAGACCAACAGCAACUCCUCCAACAACAAGAACAGCAMCCCCGCCUCGCCAACCAAGACGAAGUCGACUUCCAAGAAGCGCUAAUCAUCGAGCGCGAAUCCGAGAUCCGCAACAUCGAGCAGAGUGUCGGCGAAUUGAACGAGCUAUUCCGGGACGUGGCGCACAUUGUGCACGAGCAGGGUAGUCAGCUGGAUAUCAUUGGCGAAAAUGUUGAGAAUGUCACUAGCGACACGCGCGGUGCAAAUGUUGAGUUGAGGAGCGCAAGUCGGUAUCAGAAGAAUGCUCGAAAUAAGAUGUGUUGUUUGCUGCUGAUACUGGCGAUUAUCUUGACGGUGAUUAUUCUUGCUGCUGUUUUGGGAUAG